AUGUCCACAGUUGGCCUCAUGAAGUGGCCUGUUCUCCAGUUGCUGCUGCUCCUUGGGGCGUUGGGCCUGCCAGUGGUGGCGAAAUGGAAAGACAGAUUUUUUUCUGAAAUUCAAAUUCCAGAUUACAUUUUAACAAGGCCCAAACCGCAGCCCUGCCUGACGCGUCCGACCAGCGCACAGUGCAAAAGCUCGUGCAAGGCACACUUGGACUGCGGGGAGGAGGGCCGCUGCUGCCGCGCCUUCUGUGGCAACGUCUGCCUGAGCCUGGAAGAGGCGGACUUACCUGAUCCUGCCAAGCUCCUCCACCCGCCCCGAAGUGAGACACCCCUGUCUAUGAUCGAGGGCGCAAGUCAAACCACGAAAUCAGCAUCGUGA